AUGUCAGAAGAAGACAAGGAGAGAUUACAUGAACAUCGUGGAACCUUACUGGAUGUCCUUGUUUCAGCAAUCAAAAUUUCCUUUGCUACUACCAAAGCUGUCCAGAAGAGUCUAUCAUCCGUCUGCCUUGCCAUUUCAAGCUCAUGGUUAAUGUUUGAGGAGCUCAAAUUUUUAAUAUCUACACUCAGCAACAUUGGCAUGACACUUUAUAACAUUAGACAGUUUGAGGAGGCACCAAAGGUAUUAGAGGUUUGCUGCCAAACAGUAUGGGUGUACGUCAGACAAUCUUACUGCAGACUAUCAACAAUAACAGAAGGGGAUGUAAUUACUGAAGUCCUGCCAAAGGAUACAUUGAAGGAUAUCAUUGUGGAUGCAUUUAUGAGGAUUGCAAAGAUGGUUGAUGUUCUCCAUAGAUGUGGCGCAAAAGUUAAAUGUGAGAUUGUUGUGAAGAGCCUAUUACUGUUGGUCGAUGGUGACAUGUCUGAGUAUUUGAGUGGUUCUUUGGCACUGAUCAAAUUGUGGGUUAAGGCUAAAUUCUUUGGGCAACAUUGUUCUUCUCAGGAGGAGUUAGCAUUUGGAUCAAUGGAACCUCAAGAAGAAUAUUUUUUGGAGAGAUCAAGGGUUCUUAUUAGAAAGGCAGGUGUACUUCGUUCAUCUGGUAUGCAAAACAUAAGCAGCUGCCUCGAGUUUUUAUCAAAAGCCAUAUUGUUACUAGCGGAGGUACUUGGUAAUGCUAGGAGUGCACUUGAUUGGUGGGCAAAGCUGGAAACUUCUGACCAUUCUUCUCCUAGUGUGAUCUUUCAACAGCUAUCUAAAACUGUCGUGCCACUUGUUUGUUCUAUGAUUGAUUUGAUGUCAAUUAAGGUUGCUAUGAUACAUGAAUUGAUUAGUAAUGCCGCUGAAGCAGAAGUUCUGUUACAGACAGGAAAAGAGAUAUCUCAUUUCCAUAGGUUACCGGUUCUCCAUAUUGCUUUUACGUCAUUGCUAGAUGGAGAUUUCCAGGAACAGCUUACAGGCAAUUUGUCUAGUGCUUUAUGCAUAUACCAGUCUAUCAUUGAGAAAUUGGACAACACUCAGUUUCUUGAAGGAAUCUCUGAUUGCCAUAAACCUGGUUGUGACAAAGAUUGUAUUGCCAAAACCAAGUGUGAAGCUUAUAACCAUGGUAAAGAACCAUUAAGUGCAAAGGAUGAUGUUUUACCCACAUGCAUUAUCUGUGUAUUGUUGAGACAAGCAUCAAUUGACCACUGCAAUGAACAAGCGAUAUUAAAUUCUCGAACAAAAAACUCUGAAGCCAGGCCACCAUUGGAUUCCAAAGUCAAGAGUGGAUCAAGGUAUCCAUUAUGUUCAGCUAAGGAACAGAAUGUGGAGACUCGUGUAAAAACUAGUGAACUCUCAAAAUAUUUUACAGUUCAGAGUGAAUUGUGUUCGUCGGCGCUAACUUUUGCCACUACUAUUAAAAAGAGUGAUGUCUGCUGUAUCUUCUCUACUGUUGGAAUGUCUUGUGUGGUUCCCUGGUUGCUGAAAGCUUUUGUUCUAUCUGGAGAAAGCCCAUCACUUUUUCAGAAGAUUUCUAUUGGAACUCUCAGUUGCCAUUACCUUGCUUCCUUACAGGGCUCCCUUACAGAUUCCAUAUAUGAGACAAAUGAGUGCGCUUCAAAAUUACUUAGUGAAUUCUUCGAUAAACUGCCGGAUGUGCCAAUCGUGUGUAUUAGCAUGCUUGGAGAUGAUUAUGUGGAUGUUAUUGAGAAAAAUCUUUGUUCCUUUUUUCCUGCUUGGAUGUUGCUGUCAAGGUUUGAUUCAAAAAGUAAACCUACUACGAUGCUUCUGCCGGCGGUUGCUCUUUUAGAAGAAAUGCAGUUUGAAGGUUCUAUCAAAGAUUUGGUAAUCCAUUGA